AUGUCAAGCCUACAGGGGUACAGAUGCCAGGUCAUCUCUCUGCUUCUGGUCUUCGCCAUUUGCUGCUUGCUAACAGAUUUCGUAACCCCCAGCUCCGUGCCUGUUGCCAAGCGAGAGACACGACGCUAUCCUAGAGCCAAAUAUCGGGUUGGCUAUAUGUUUGGCAAGAGAUCCUCAUCGUCGGAAACACCAUCGUCGUCACUGUUGUUUGAUGCUAUUUCCAGAAACACGAUGACAAAGGCUCAGCUGGAGAAUUUCAUUCUGAGAAAUCCCGAGGUUCUGAGUGAAAUAUCAACAAUACUGGACAAAAAUGAUGACGACUACAUUUCCUUAUCUGAUCUUCUGUGA